CCAGCUGGGAACAAUAACAGUGUCGGCGCUGAGCGCGGAGCGCAUUCGGCUUCGCGGCCCCCGUGGGAAAAUUCCGGCAGGAGACGCGCAAGCCCGGCCUGGGGAACAAGGAGCGAGCUCGGUGGAGCCGGGCUAGGCAGCUAGGAAGUCGGCGCUGCCCUGGAGAGCGUGGGCGGAAGGGAGCCUGCUGUGUGCCACAGUGUGUAGCCCCUGCCCUCCCCUCCACCCGGCGACCGGAGCCACCCACGGCGGCCGAUGCCCUGCGAAGCAACCGCGGCCCCCUUCGUUCCUGGCCUCUUUCCGCACAAGGCCCUGGCUGGCUGCAACUCGGCGGGACUCCGUUUCCCGGGCCUCGGCGCUUAGGGAGAAUGGGGCGUGUUCCUGGUUCCCAGCCCCUGCCAUCCGGAGCCGUCCUCCAGCCCGGCGCCCAGGACAUUGGGGCUGGCCCGCUGAGGCGGCUCUGAUCCCCGGGACGGAAAGCCGUGACUCCCUGCGGUGUGGCGGAGGGGGUCCCGAGGUCAGGGGCUCCCCGGCCCACUCUCGUCCAAGCUCCUGGGCAUGUGAACCACGGCGCCUCGGACCAUGUCUCUGGAGGGCCUGGGAGUGACCCAGAAUGUGACCGACCUGGAGGCCCUCCUGCGGGGAGCGGAGGCCAUCCAUGUCAUGGACCAGCAGAUCGUGAUCAUUUCCACCCCCGACCAGCUCCCCGCGCCCGAGGGCGAGAACGACACCGAAGUGCUGCUCUUCGCCACGCCACAGCCCGCCCGCUUGGAGGCGGCCACGCGGAGGCCUGCUUUGGAACGGCCGCCGGUAAAACGGAAACUGAAUUUGGAAACUGACCACCAGUAUAUUUCAGAGAGUGUCCAAGCAACCCGAGGAAAAGCGAAAAAUCCUGUUAAAGGGCUGAAGUCUCCUGGAGAGAAAUCCCGCUAUGAAACUUCUUUGAAUCUGACUACCAAACGAUUCUUGGAGCUGCUGAGCCAAUCGCCUGAUGGUGUUGUAGAUCUUAACUGGGCUGCAGAGGUGCUCAAGGUGCAGAAGAGGCGGAUCUAUGACAUCACCAAUGUCCUGGAAGGCAUCCAGCUUAUCACCAAGAAGUCCAAGAACCAUAUCCAGUGGCUGGGCAACCGGUCUGCUGUGGGGAGCACCAGCCAGAGCCAGGGGUUGGUGAAAGAACUCCAGGAUCUUCAGGCUGCAGAACAACAAAUGGACAACCUCAUCCAGAUGUGCACCACCCAGUUCAGGCUCCUUACUGAGGACCCCGAUAACAAGCACUCAGCUUAUGUGACUUGCCAAGAUCUGCGCAGCAUUGCAGACCCCUCUGAGCAGCUGGUGAUGGUGAUCAAAGCCCCCCAGGAGACACAGAUGCAAGUCUCUGACCCAGCAGAGGCUUUCCAGAUUGCUGUGAAAAGCACUCAGGGCCCCAUUGAUGUGUUCCUUUGCCCAGAAGAGAGCUCCGGGGUCUCCAGCCCCACCAAAAGCCCAUGGAAAGCGGCUGCUGAAGAAACUUCCCUGGAGUCUUCUCAAGCCUCUGUGCUUCUACACCCCUCCCAGGAUAUGAAGCUGCCCUUGCUGAGUGGAGACCAAGAGCCCCUGUUGCCUGGGGACAGUUCAGUGCCCCUGAAGUGCUCAACAGAUGAUGUGACUCUCUCACCCCUGGCCUCAGUCGAUGCGUUGCUGGAACAGGGCAAGGAUGACUUCUCCAGCUUCCUGCCUACUGAAUUCAUUGCCCUCUCACCACCCCAGACCCAGGACUACCAUUUUGGGCUGGAGGAGGGUGAAGGCAUCAGUGAACUUUUUGACUGUGACUUUGGAGACUUCACUUCUUUGGAUUUCUGAGCGUCUUCAGGGUUGGGGGUGCUCAGCUGACCCUGCCCUGUGUUAUGAAGCAUCCUCUGGAGCUGACACCUGAAUGUAAAUGCAAGACCAGCUGAGGCAUUCUUGGCCUGUGUGCUGUGGAGCAGAGUUCAGGGAAGGAAGAAGAGAGAGACUGGAAUCCAGGGUGGCGACGGAAUGGUGGAAGUUGGUGGCUGCCUCUAAGUAGCCAUCACACCAUGACGGAGAAAGGCAGCUGGCAAUAUGAAGCUGAUUGCUGCUGUGAAAGUAGCUGGCUUCUUGUCCGUGACCUCAGGGGGCAAAUAUACACUACUGUGCCGAAGCCAGUAGCUGUAGAAAUGAUAGUCCAGACCGGUAGAGGGUGGAGUCAUUUUUUAUUCUGUGGUGCCAUGUUUUGAUGCAGUCAGAGUAGUCCCAGUAGAGUUGCUGGCCUAGCAACAAUGCCACCUAUCUUAUUGUUGCCAAACCCCUCCUUUCGCUGAAUUUUCGCCUCUGUGGCUGUAGAUCAGCCCCCUGAGUCAGCUGCUUAUCUCCUCCUCCCCGCCCCACCUUAGUAUGAGUUGUUUCCCCUCCUUCAUUGGGGGCUUUGCUUCUGAGAACACGUGGUCCGUCCCUCGCUUGCAAGGCCAGCGGUGUAUAUAUUAGGUAUGGUUGUGAGAGGACAGUUUUCUGCCAGGAGUGAGGAAGGAAUGGUACUCUGGCUAACAGAUUGGGAUUGGUUACAAAAUAAAAAUCUCUGUGCUGAGAAAAAGAAGCCAAGUGUGUGGGGCAGGGUGGGGCGGUGUUGAAGGAACCUUUUGGUGGUAGGGAGAGCCCAAGCUGUUUAAGCUAACUAAAGAAAACAGUAAUCAGAUAUGCUAACAGGAUUUUUUUACCUUCAUCUUGAAAAGGAACAAAGAUGAAUAAAAGAGAUCCUAAAAUGGCAGCCCUUGAGGGGCAGGGGAAGCUGCUGCUCGGUAUUAGAGCAAGAGACUCCUGUUUCUUGCAAGUUUUAUUCAUUCUAAAGCUUUAAGGAUUGUUCUGUAUAGCUUUAUUUAUUUUAGGUUUUCCCCCCCUCUCGUUCCCUUCUUGAAAGGCAUCUGAUUUUGUUUAAAUUAUUUCUGGAUGGAAUGUGUGCGUUUCUGUGGGUGGGGGCAUGCUUAGAAGUAAUUGGCCCAGUGGCCAGUGCAUUUUAACUGUCCUGAUCUCUGAGGCUGGCAGAGAAGAUAUGACAUUGUUUGGGAAUGGGGCUAGGGAAUGGAAAAUGGCAAGGAGCAUUUUUUUCUGGCAAGAGAGCCAGUGUGUCAUGGUGGUGCUCUCCAUGAAGGUAAGGGACCGCCUUUUUUUGGCUCCUGCUCAUAUUAUAUGGUAUGGAGCAAUGAAAGUCUUGGUAUUCUGGGACUGCCUUCCCUAUAAAGUAAAGGCAAAAAUGUUGACGUCCAGCUUUAUGCUGUCCCAUGUGCUAAGCACUGAGGGAUAGUCAGAUGUCAUAAAUUCAUAUUAUUUAUUUUUAUUUAUGUAUCUCCACCCAGUGCUCCUAGAAGGUAAGGAAAGUAUCUGUGGAGGAAGGCCGCAUGAAGUGGAGCUAGGCAUAUCCAGGUGUGUGGAAUGAGGCCAUAUUGUAUCCUGUUAGAAUAGCUAACCUAGCUAUUAAGAAUGGAAAGCUGAACUUAGGAAGUUGGUAGGUAGUUGGUUUAUUGUAGUUUAGCUAUUAAGUCUGAGAAGCGAUUGCUGGGUGUCCUGUCUAUGUGAUGAAGACUGUUGAGUUGAAGUGAUAUUUAUUGAUAGUAAAAUGAACGGCAGGUUUGAUUAAUAGAGGGAAAAAUGGGGAAAUGUUAAGGAGAGAGAGAGCUUGGCAAAUAAAGCUGUGGAAGGCAUGGCUCUAUUCUUGGCUUACCCGUUUUGCUAAGAAGCUUUUUAUGAGGAGACACCAAGGAUGAAUGGGGCUUUACCAUUACCUUAAAAAUGUAAAUAUUGUCAGGUGGGUACAGUCUUGUACCUAGUGUAUGGGCAGCACAGCAAGAGGUGCUGUUCCUUGGGUGCCUUCCUGUCAGAAUUACUACCUAUUUCAGUUACUAAAACUCACCAAAGUGUGUUGCUCCUUUGAAGGAGCUUCUCUUGCUUUACAAAAAAGGUAGUUGUGACUGUGAGUGUGAAACUUUAGAACCCUACAGGUUGUACUGGGAAGGGGGGAGGGAUAAGUCAUCAACGCUGACAGAUUCAUGGAACAGCCUAAUCUAUUCGGCCUAGUUUUGUGAGGAGAAAGAAGCUUUGUAGGCCUGGUAGUGUAAGAUGACAGAAUUAGAUGCCUGUUACUUGUUAAGGUAUUGGUUCUGAGACAUUGUGAACAGCAUGGAAAUGUCUUGGGUGAAUGGGAAAAUGGGAAUAAAGCCCCUAACUGGCCUACUGUUAUUGUCCAAUACAGCACUAUUUCUUGGCUCAAAUGUGAUUGGCCAGCUGAUGGUUGUGUAGAAGUGAAGGUACAUUAGAGUCCCUACAGCAUGGUAUCUUGUCCCCGGGAUUGAGACCCUUGCAGUAAAGCCAAAGCAACUGAUGGCCAAGAAUCAUCGUCCUGUAGUGAGGCUCUGUAGUCAUGGCAUAAGGAGGUGAAUACCCGUCUCAGUUCUCAAUAUAGCAUAUUGCAAGUUGAGCAGCUGCAACUGGUCUUUUACUUGAAGCAACUAUUAAGGGCUGUAUUCUUUCUCUAUGCUACUUUUUGGUUGGUUGGUGAAAUGUACUCUGUUCCUUUGUGACUUUAUCCUAGUUGGGCCUUCCUUUUCUGUUUCUGAAAACAUGCAGGGGAAGUUCUUGAUCAUGUACAUUUGAGUUAACUUCUAUCUUCUGUGUACAAGACUGCUUGUCCUUUCUGGGUUCUUGCCUCAUGAAUGCAGGCACCUUCUUGGAAAUGCAGUUUUAGGUCCCAUAAUUGUUACGGAAGCGGGAACUCUUUCAUCAGGAAUAGAGUUGCAGACUUCUAAUGGUUCAAAAUGUACUUUUUAUAAUGAAUGAUUUUUAUUGAAUUAUCCUGUAAGGUUAUCAGUUUUGUGGAGAGGAGGUACUCAGUAAGGCACUGCAAAGUGUGGUUCAUGAAACUGAAAAAGAGCAUAACCAGUAUACAGAGAGGAAGGGUUUGCCAGGGUUUCAGGAAACUUUCAAGUUUUGCUCCCUGUCAGGGAUGGGGUGGUGAGUGCCUGGCAAGCCACAACACUUGACAGGGAUGUUGCUUUCAGCUUCGUGUGACACAAGUUCUGCAGGCCUGCGCUAUUGUUUCCUCUAUCCCUUUUUACAUAACUAUGGUAAAUAAUUGUGCUGCUGUUUCUCCUGGAUUGUACAGGGGAGCCAUUCUUUUCUUAAUCUUUCUCUUUUGUAUCAAAAAGCUGCUGCAGCCUUCAUCUUCUCCAUCCCACCACAGGCAACAGUAGGUAGGUUUUUUUUGUUUUGUUUUGGUCCAGGUUAUUUCCUGCUUCUCUCAUCCAUCUUGUCUAUUUUUAUAUAAGCACUCCUCUGCAGAAACAUGGGGAAGGGGGAAUUCUAUUUGUGAUCUUACCUGUCUAUCAAGUUCUCCAGACACCACUGGGCUAAGAAUAUCCUUCAUGCCAGGUAAUAGCAGGUUGUUCUCUGGUUAUUCAGUUUAAGAUUUUUGUAUUCCAAGGGACAAAUCCAGAAAUGCAUAAGGCCAACUAGGACAAAGAUAUAAAGGAGCAUUGUGUCACAGGUACUUAUGGGAUGUGGCUGUUUUUCAUGCAAGUAGGGCUUGGAUGUAGAGAAACCAAAUUCGAAGUGUUCUGUGGAAGGCCUUCUGCUGUUGGGAUGACCAGAGCUUACAAGGAGAUGACAAGGAGAAGAUUCACCAAAUACUCUACUGAUAAAAUAAAUUUUGGUAUAACCUUGUAAUAGGGGUGCUCAUGAAUCCAGAGGCCUGACAUGAGAAAAAGCUCAAUGUAUUUUAUUCCAGGUGUCCUGGGUAUGAGUAUUGCUGUCCAGAUGCAACUACAGAAAAUUAUUCUGACAUCAACCAAAAUCUUGGGGGAAGGAAGGGUAGGACAAUAGGAGCAGGUUAUUUUGCUCCUUUUCAAACUCAGAUUGGAGGGACCAUUAGAAUCACACAUAAUAUGAUAGUUUUGAAAUGCCUUGACAUCUUCUGGUUCAAAAAACAAAACUUGGAUUCAUAUGCUGCUCCCUUCUUCAAUAGGACUUUGUUAUUAUUUGCAGAAAGAAUUAUGAACACACUCAGGCUGGAAUUGGCUCUUGUCGUGUUCUUUUAUUAAAAUUGAAAGCACAGUAUAGAAAAGAGGGUCUCUUCUUUUUCCCUAGCAAGAGAGAGUAUGACCUGAUAUGAUUGCUUUAAGGAUAAGAGAAAGUGGAAUCAAUGAAUUUUGUAUUUGGGGAAGAGAUGGUGUUGGAUGGAGGUUGGCAAAGGCUUCUGGGAUCUUGGGAUGGUGGUUCUGGAGGAUUGCACAUUUCUGUACAUGCCCAGCUGGGAAUUCUGGGUCCAUUUGGCAGCCAGGCAGCUCAAUGCAAUGCAAUACUGCUGCAAAUCCCAGUGCCUAAACACUGAGGGGUGAUGCACUUCUGUGUACCUUUUUAUAACAAGACUUGUUCAUGAU